UUUUGUGUUUUACAUCCAUAUUUUGCAAAUCCUGUGGUCCCAUUUUUUUUUUUUUUUGGUUUUAUUUUUGUUAUUUAUUUUCAAUUUGGAUUGUUUUGGACUUGAUUCCGGAUCUUUGACCCAAAAGACAGAUAACUUCGGUUCUCUUUGAUAAUGAUGUUGCUUCUUCUGUCCGAAUGAAUUUUUAUGUCAGUCAAAUUCGCUUUGUGUUUUGGCUUUUUUUGGGAGAAAACCCAUGUUGUUAAAUUUUGUUUGUAUGGUCAAUUUCAAGUGCUUCCUUGAAAAUUUUGUGCAAAUGUUUCCCCUAUUUCAUUUAAUUUUUGUUGUCAUUUUUAAAUUUAUGGCUGUAAGAUUUUCUUUGUUAAAAGUAUCCGGUUUAAAUUAUAGGAAAUAAUCGUACUUGAGGUUCUGAGGAUUAGUGAGCACAAAGGUCUAAUUGGCAAUUUGGAUGCCUCAAAUUUGCUGUGUGUGAUCCUUUUUUUGCAUGUCAGACAAUCAAAAAAAGCAGAGAAAUUCAUUAGUUAAGCAAACUUCUGGUCCAAUGCUCAGAAAUGCUGAAUACAUUGGAUUAGGGGAAGAUCCUUCCCCCCAGAUGGAUAAGUACCAAAAGGUUUCGAUCAUACCUCUUGUAUUCUUAAUCUUCUAUGAGGUCUCUGGAGGACCGUUUGGUGUUGAAGACAGUGUCCAGGCAGCUGGUCCUCUUUUAGCCCUUCUUGGUUUUCUGGUUUUUGCAAUUAUAUGGAGUGUCCCAGAGGCCUUGAUCACCGCUGAAAUGGGUACUAUGUUUCCUGAGAAUGGCGGAUAUGUUGUCUGGGUUUCAUCAGCUUUGGGUCCUUACUGGGGAUUCCAGCAAGGUUGGAUGAAAUGGCUUAGUGGGGUCAUUGAUAAUGCUCUAUACCCUGUUUUGUUUCUGGACUAUUUGAAAUCAACAAUCCCUGCUUUAGAAGGUGGUCUACCAAGGGUCACUGCGAUUUUGGUUUUGACUGCACUUCUAACUUACAUGAAUUAUAGGGGUUUAACCAUAGUCGGCUGGGUUGCUGUGUUACUAGGGGUGUUUUCCCUUCUUCCUUUCAUAGUCAUGGGAUUUAUAGCGAUUCCAAAACUAGAGCCUUCUAGGUGGUUUGUGGUAGAUUUGGACAAUGUGGAUUGGAACUUAUACUUGAACACUUUGUUCUGGAAUCUCAAUUAUUGGGACUCAGUUAGUACUUUGGCGGGAGAGGUGGAAAACCCAAGUAGAACAUUCCCAAAAGCUCUCUUUUAUGCUUUUAUCUUAGUUGUGUCGGGGUAUAUUUUUCCUCUUUUGGUAGGUACAGGAGCUAUUCCACUUCAACGUGAACUAUGGUCUGAUGGCUAUUUCUCAGAAAUUGCUAAAAUGCUUGGGGGUGUAUGGUUAAGAUCUUGGAUCCAAGGGGCGUCUGCUUUGUCCAACAUGGGGAUGUUUGUAGCAGAAAUGAGCAGUGAUUCCUUUCAACUUCAGGGGAUGGCAGAACUUGGAAUGCUUCCUGCAAUUUUUGGCAAGAGAUCACGAUAUGGAACCCCUCUUAUAGGAAUUUUAUUCUCUGCGUCUGGUGUGAUUUUACUUUCAUGGUUGAGCUUUCAAGAGAUUGUAGCUGCUGAGAACUACCUGUACUGUUUUGGAAUGCUUAUGGAAUUUAUAGCGUUUGUGAAAUUGAGGAUAAAAUGUCCAGCUGUAUCUCGGCCUUAUAAGAUUCCUAUCAGUACAGUUGGAGCAAUUUUGAUCUGUUUUCCUCCAACCCUGUUGAUUUUUGUGGUUUUGGCACUUGCUUCUUUAAAGGUCAUGGUUAUAAGUAUCUUGGGCAUUAUAAUCGGGCUUGUUUUGGAGCCUUGUCUUAGAUUCUCUGAAAAGAAGAGGUGGUUGAGGUUCCAAAGGAGUUCUGAUCUCCUAGAUUUCCAGGCUACAGAUCACCUGUAUAAUGAAUCAUGAAAUGGUAAUAAACCAUUUUGCCUUGCAUUUAACUUGUAAAUACGAUGCUCGAGUUUUCCUUUCCUUAUAAAUCUCUUCAGAUCAGGGGAAUAUUAUGGUUUACAGUUUUAAUAAGAUGAUAAAAUGAAUAGUCAAGGGCUAUGCAUUAUAGAAAGAGACUAGACAGAGGAUACAAAUAUCAGCAAUAAAAGCCUAGUGUGCAUGCUGAUUCACUGAAUUUAAUUAAAUUAUUCAUAGA